UGCUAAAUGGGCAGGCUGGAAGCGGAGGGGCGGUGACCAGAAGAGUCCGGGUCCCUCACGGAAAUAAAUAUGGUGGCAAUGCAUUGUGGAUUUUGUAGUUCUCCCGGGAAGAACCAUCUCUAGCGCGCCUUCCUUACCCGCCCUGGGAAGCUAAGACUGUAGGUGGAGAGGGUCAGCCUCCUGUGGCUUCCCUUAGUUUCCCAAGAGUCCCUGCGGCGGCGGUGGCGGCGGCGGUUGCGGGGAAACGCGCGCGCGGAGGGGCUGGGUGAACCUUGGCGGGACGCUCCUGCUACCCAGACGAAGUGUGAGGAAGACGCGGCGAAGGGUCAGUCCUGGCUCCAGCCCCUCUGGAACUGAGAGCUCCUCCGCCUCACUAUGAAACAGCGGAAGGGCCCGGCAACUGGGGGUAGCCGGAGCCGCAAGAAGAAAGGUAACCCCAGAGAAGGUCUAAGUGAUAUUUCACCAUCCACAAGUCUACCACCUCUAGUUGAAGGUCAGCUACGAUGCUUUCUAAGACUGACCAUUAGUAAAAUACUCUGGAUAGUUGUGAAGCCUCCAACUCCUGUUCUCAUCCGAGUGAGAUGGUGGGGGGAAACAUCAGAGGGAACUAUAUUUUGUCCCAGGGAUGCUUCCAUAAUUGAACAGAAAGCUGUGAGAACAACAACCCGUUAUGCUAUUCGCUGUGGACCAAAGCAAUUUACCUCUUAUUUAACAGAUAUGAAUGUCCUUGUCUUGGAAGUAAUCACCAAACCUGAUCACCUUCCUGUGGGGAGAGCCCAGAUCAGUGGUCUGUCAAAGUUGUCUCCAACUUAUCCAAUCAGUGGAUUUUUUACCAUUGUUUCACCAACAUCUAAGAAGCUUGGAGAGAUCCAGAUAUUGCUUGCAUUAGAACCUUUAUCAGCAACUUUUGACAACUGCAGCUCUUUCACCACUGACGUGAGUGGAGAUGUACCAUUAUUAGAUCGGGGAUUCAGAGAAAAUACUGAACCUAACAAACCUCAGCUUUCUGAGAUGGCACAAUCUCACAAACUUCCUGUGACCAAUACUGGUGGGAAAGAAUCAUUAACAAGUAGCAGAGCCACUACUCCCAGGGGAAAGGACCACUUGUAUUUUCCGGACAACUCAAUAGUAGAUUCUUUUCUGGAACCACAGCCUCAUCUUAAUUCUAAGCAGCUUUUAGAAAAUGAAACAGUAGAACAAGAACCUGUAAAAAAGCAGGUAUCUUGUCCCACCAUUUCAGUGUGUGAUCCUCAUAUUAGGAGAGUUGCAGAGAGUCAAAGUGACUUUCAAGUUCAAUCCUUGAGCAACCCCCCCACAAAAGACCUUCUCUCAGCCCUUUUGGAACAAGGCAAUAAACUCCGCAAUGCCAUGGUGGUAUCAACAAUGCAGUCCUGUCCAGAUACUAAUAUUCUGACACAAGUUCCUCCUUCUCCAAGGAAACCGGCUCUCAAGUCAUCAGCUCACGUCAAACUGUCAUCUGGGAUUUGCCCUAAAAACCCAGUGAUCACCGAGACCAUGCACAGAGUUAAAGAUCCCCUUCUCCCUCCAACUCAAAGUAUCAUUCAGGAUCAUGACCAUGAAGUUGACACCAGGGCAAUACAGCUACUUCUGGGCAGUGCUAACAUGGUCCCCGGGCAUUCCUGGGAUGGUUUAGGCUCCCCUCCUGCAUCCCUCUCACCUGGCAGUGAUGCAUACUGUAGCAGUGAGCUGAAUGAUCCUCAAUAUGAUCUCAGUCUUCUGGAGAGCUUGUUUUACAUGACAGUGAAAACUGAUUCCAAUGUGAGUGAUAUUCACAGUGAAGAUGAUGACAAAAUACCUCCUGAGAAACUAGUACAGUCAAGAGAUAUUGCCCAGCAUCCCAAGGCAGUGGAUUCAAGACAUCAUAGUCGAAAGAAGACAGCAAUGGGAAAGAAACCUAAGAGUUCUACUGUGCAACCAACAUGCUCAGAGAGUCCCAGGAAAAAUGAAGUGAUCACACUGAGUUUAGAUAGACUGGCCUUGUUGGGUCGGAUACGCUCAGCCAGAGUUGUCAUUGAAGCACUGGGAGUAACCCCAGAAAGUCCCCAGGCGACGACCCCAGGCAAAACAAGCAUACCUUCCAGACCGCCCAGAUCAAACUCGUCCAGAAAACGUACUUUCUUUGUGGAAUACCACUUUCCUAUUGAUGCCUCCAGGACUGAAACAGAAGAGAUUUUAGUGGCUACAGAAACUAUCCGACUAGCUUCCAGUAAAAUUACCGGGGGAGUAGUGAAAUUUCAGCAGCGAUAUGUCUUCCCCAUAAAUUUUGAUGGAGCAAUGAUAGAACACUGGUGGAAAUCUGAUCUCACUUUCAAAAUUUACAUGAAAAGAAACACACAGAAAAAGGCAGAGUUAAUUGGCUCAGCACUCUUUCCUCUGCAAGAGGUCAUUUGCUCACAACACCUCUCUUUCAGUGGCCAGCUGCCCAUGGAGGAAAAAAGCCAGACAUCAAUUGGACCUCUCAAGGUCUCAGUACAGCUUGCAGGUGAUAACAGAGAUGUUAGUAGCACAAACUCUAAGACACUCAGUGGUACCCAGCAGCCUCCAGUAUGUGUUCCUACAAGCCCAGUCAAACAAACGUUAGGAGGAGGUCAAAGUGCCACCUCUGGCAAAAAUCCUCAGGCCCUGACACAUGUUAACGAAGAAACUUCAAAGCAAAAACAAUACUUAGGACAUUGGAGCCCAGAUCCAACCUGCCCCACUGGGCCGAAGCUGUCAGUACCCACGGCCUUGUCAUCCUUUCACAGUACAGGAAUUCUGAUGAACAAAUCGACACAAGAAAAACCUCUGCUAUUACAUGUCCUGUUGAUGGUACCUGAUGGAAAAGACUUUGUUACUGGAACAUCUGAAAAGCAGCAAACAUGCAAUGUAUAUUUAAACUGUAAAUUCUUUAGUACAGAGGAAGUAACAAGAUCUGCUAUUGUAUGGGGCACAACAGAACCAACCUUUAACUUCUCCCAGGUAACACCUGUCACUUUGACCCCCAAGUAUCUAGAAAGACUCAAGAACAAUGUAAUGGUAAUUGAAGCAUGGAACAAGGUUCGGAACCCAGGACAGGACAAGCUGCUUGGACUGGUGAAGCUCCCUCUCCAUCAGUUUUACAUAUCAUUCAAAGACCCCAAGAUUUCUCAGCUACUUCUUGAAGCUCAGUACCCAGUGGUCGCAGUGGACAGCUACACACCCGUGAUAGAUGUGUUCACAGGACAUCAGAAUGGAAGCCUUCGGGUAUUUUUAGCUAUGGGCUCUGCUAAUCAGAUAACAGCCCUACAGAGGUUGAAGAAUGAAAAUGGAUCAGACCCUUCCUACAGCCCCAGGCCAGCUCAUUUUCUGGACCAGCCACCUACAUCUCCUGUUAUGCAGAGAGAUGGUCAGGGGGAUGGACUAAUAGAGCACCAAUUUGAGAUCCAUGUGGAAAAAGUUAAAGGACUCAUUCCACUCCAGUCAACAGUCUGGGGAGAAGCAGACUGUUAUGUCCAAUACUGCUUUCCUGUUCAAGACUCAGAGAAGAGUACAUUAAAAGGAAUUAAGUUACCUGAAAGUGGAAUCACUCUCAAGCCCUUUCGUUCAGCAACCACACUGUGUGUCCCUGACCCAAUCUUCAACCACAAAUACCUUCAUUCUCUCUUGCUUCCACCGGAAGUCCCUGUGCAAAGGCUCUUGCUAAGUGCCUUCUCAAUGUGUGGGCUCGUGCCUGGAAGUGGACUCCAGUUUGAAAUAUGGUGCAGGUACUAUUACCCCAAUGUCAGAGAACAAAUGGUUGCAAAAGGCUCAUUGCCGUUAUCCCGACUGUGUGCCAUGGUGACCUUGCAGCACCACGAGAAUAUAGGACUACAGACCUUUAACCUACCUUUGUUCCCUAAAUCAGAGAACAAAGAUGAAUUCCAGGCCCAGACAGCAGGUCUACUAGAUGUGAGCCUAAGAUACAGGCAUACAACCAGAACAACAGAGGGAGUCAUUGCUGCUCGAGCUGUCUCCAUCUCAGUGCACAUUCAUAGAGCCAGUGGGUUACAAGCAGCAGCAAGAGUCAUGGCUGAGCAGGAGCCUUCUUUGCAAUACAGUGCAACAGUAGGUGUUAAUACUUCAGUCACCACACAUCUCUCCUUCCUGCCUAAGGGAGAACAACGCCAAACCCGCCCAGUGGCCCGCACCUUCUGCCCUGAAUUCUCUCACCACAUGGAGUUUCCCUGCAAUUUGGUGACCCAACACAGCACUGGUGAAGCCUGUUUCUUAGCAGAGUUGUUAGAGUUUGCUGAGAUAAUUUUCUCCGUGUAUCACCAAGACACAAAGUCAAGUAGUCCACCAGAUCGUAUUCAACCUUUAAGAGAAUAUCUCCUUGGAGUAGUCAGGAUUCCAUUGAAAGAUUUGCUUAUCAAAAGAUCAGGGAUUACAGGGUGGUAUCCAGUCAUCUUGCCUGAAGACCUGGCUUCAAAACAAAACACAGACAUCAUGCAAGUGAUUGUGGGUGGCCUGGAGCUAUCCGUUUCCUUUGCCCAUUCUGGUGAUAGAGAACGAGUCUUGGAAGCUGCUAAACUUCUGGGCUGGAAUUUUGAGGAAAGCCCUGCUGAUCUCCUCACAGAUGUUGAGGAGUGGCCAGCUACUGUCACCAUCUCCACCCCAAGAGCAUGGCUGCCAACCCACUGUAUGUUACUGGCUGGCCAGACACAUAUCCACAAGGCCACCCACUGCUACCUUCGCUAUAAACUGUAUGACCAAGAGGGCUUCUGGACCUCACUCAGAAAACCAAAGUUAACAAUGGAUGAAAAACAAGCCACAGUGACAUUCACAACGACAAAAAAAGUAGAUGUUAACAUGGGACCAUCACUGCUUUGGUACUUCAGGGAAGAAAAACUGGAAAUCCAAGUGUGGCGGUCAUAUGGGAAUGAUAGUGUAGAGAGGCCCCACCACACAGAUACUUUGAUUGGGUCAGCCUAUGUGGAUCUUUCCAGGCUCAGCGAGAGGACAGCAAAAACACUGACUAUUAGUGGUGUUUAUCCUGUGUUUGGACGCAGUGCCUCUGACUUGUCAGGAGCAGCGUUGCGAGUUCAUGUUGUUGUCACUGCAGAAAGGUCUGUUUCUUUUCAACCUUGGCCUGCUCACCAGCCUAACUGCAAUGAAUACAGCAGCAACAGUGACUCAGAAAAGAUUCCCAGCCAACAGGAUCCUGAAGACCCUGAAAACCAGAGUGACUCCAAGAAGCCUUCUUAUUCAGAAGGUCCCUCAACAAAGAGUGUCCCUAUAGAAGCAGACAUAGUGGAUCUGGAAGGCACAUUUGCUGUCACUGUCUUAGUGGAAAGAGCAAUGCACUUAAGUUUAAAAGGAAGCCCCUUGACUGAACGAAAUGUCACAGUACCCAGCUGCUGUGUGUCAUUUGUUGCUGCAGAUGUGAGAUCCCCAAUAUACACUCCUGUGAUUGAGAAGACAGACUCGCCUAUCUGGGACUUUCAGCAAGAAACCAGGUUAUCCAAAGAACUUCUACUGGAUUCCCAACAAACCCUGGUCUUCAAGGUUUGGCAUAAAGCAGAAGUGGAACGAGUGAUCGGAUUUGCCUCUGUGGACCUCUCACCUCUUCUCUCUGGCUUCCAGUUUGUUUGUGGCUGGUACAACAUUGCAGACUUCAGUGGGCAAUGCCAAGGGCAGAUUAAAGUUGCUAUAUCCCCCCUGGAAAGCAUCAUUCAUCUCAAAGAAGAAAGGCUAGCAAGGCAUAGGGCCAAAGUCUCUGGCUUAUCCAUUCCAAAGUAUAGUCCAUUUUCUUUCUCUACUGCUGCAUUUCCCAAUUACAUAGGAAGAUAUACCCUGGAUCAACCAGCCCAAGGUUGUUCAAAAGAUAUUGAUAUGUCUUCUCCUAGGAGAAGUGGACCUUUGAGAAGCCAAGCAUCUCGUCAUGAAGAGCACAUGCAGAAUGUUCGCCGAUUUCAUGAAUCUUUGCAGCAAGCUGAAGGGAUUAUUCAGAAUGAUAGCCAAAGGGACUCACUAGCUUUUUCAUCUCGUAACUCACUCCUGUCCUCUCUCAGGAAAAACUUAAAUGAACUGGAUCAGAUUCAGAGGUACUUCAGCCAGAAGUUAACUAAGUCUUACCCUCAGCUCACCUUCAGCCUCUCAGCCCAGCCACAGCAGGACAGCGGAGAUAAUCGUCAGGAAGCUGAGACAGGGAGUCCAAACUUAGGGAGCCAUCACAUUUUAGAAAAAUCAAAUGACUUGGUAUCUCAAGUCAGCGCCCUGAUUACCGGUCUGCAAACUCUAACCAAAGAUACUCCAUCAUUGUCGAGUAUUCAUCAAAUGGAGAGUCAAAAUCUUAAAGGCAAAGCUCUCCAUGGAGACCAUAAAGUAGAGAAUGAUGAAGAGAGAAAUGCUUUACUCCAGGACCAACUCUCCUCUUUCCCUCUUAAAAUACCACCACCUGAAAAGAAAAUAUUAGGUGAAUUCCUAGAUCAAGAAGCAACAGAAAAUAGUCUUCCCUUGAUCUUGGAAGUGGUUGAGAUUGAAAAGGAUUCUGAGGUGGCUCAAACCUUGGAAGUAGUUGAUAUUGAAAAGGAUUCUGAGGUGGCUCAAACCUCCAGUGAUGAUGACUUUGAAGAAGAUGUUAUAGAACCCAGAACCCUCAACGAAAUUACAACCAUGACAGAUAAGACUAGCCCUUGGUCUAGUAUUACGUCAGAAGAAAAUGUGGCAGUUGACCAUCUUCUGAAAGAAGUGAAGAAAGAUGACCUCUCUAUCUCAACUUCCAAACACUCCCCCAGAAAAGACCAGAGUGAUGAGAGUAAAUCCCACCUCAGUACACAGCAGGACAUCUGCUUGUAUCCACCCGAUAGGACCCAGGCUUGCCUCACUCCUACAGCAGAAACAGAUAGUGUCUAUGGAAUGGGUGUAGAUAUGGGUAAAUAUCACAAGAACUCUAAGACAACAGGCCUAUCUCAAAUAGGAGAUACUAGCAAAGGCACAAUAUUCUCUCUGGUCCUCGAAACUUCACAACAAGAGAAUCUAGAGUCUGAGUCAAGUUACUCCUCAGACACUGGAGAAUUUGCUCUUCAUCAAGCUAAUUCAGUUCUCCAAACUGGAACAUCCUGUUUAGAUGAGAACCAUGGAAACAAAGACAUCAGUCAUAGCAAGAAACUGCCUACAAAGUUGUCAUCUUGCAGAAGGAGUGAAAAGCCUGAAGUCCUUUUGACAGAAUCAGAGAAAUCCCCAAAGCAGAACCUCUCACUACCAGAGCCAUUGAGGGUCCCUAAUUUCUUCCUUUCACCCAAGCAUUUGGAGGUAUCAAUGAGAAUGCUCUCUCUCUCUGCAGCUUCCCCAUCAAUCACAGCCCAUCAGGUAAGAACAAAGCAAUGUUAUUAUCUGGAGAGACAACAUUCACUUUGUUCUUUGAUAAACCUUGAGGUGAAAUGUGAGAAUGUCACCAAUAAUCCACUUAAAAUGGUGCCAGUAAGUAAUCAGGUAGGUAUUAAACAACUUUCUUUGUAUCUAGUCCCAUGUUUACUGUGUUUGAGGAUGCAGGUUAAGUAUAAAACUUGUUCUUUGCUUAUCUUUAUAGCACUUGUAGUUCAAUGGAGCAAACAUGUGAAGACCCAUAAGUUUUAAUAGACAAUAAGCUUAAUAUGAGUUAAGCAUUGUACCUAAGAAGCCACUAGUUUUAUCUUAGACUACAAAAAUUAGGUUGAAUGUCCCCAAAAGGCAGGUAACUGUUUCAUUAUUCUCUACCCAGGCAAGAUCACUUGUAGAAUACUAAUACUAUUCUUGGCAACAUGUUUUAGGAAGUGGGACAGAAAGUAUCUGGUAGCUAUCUUCCAAUAUCUAUUAUGGAACAGAAUAGACUCGUUCUGUUUUGCCCAAGAAUGUUAGAAGUAGGUUCAAUAGAUGAGCAUUUCCCAGAAGUAAAUGGAUGUAACCUACCUUCUAUAAGAAAAUAAACUCCAUUUGGGAGUUCACUAUGAGCUCUAAUCCCCAAGUUUCAUGAAGACUCGCUUGAGAGAAUAUCAAGAGAAAAGUGAUCAGGAAUGUCAGAUGCUACAGAAAGCUGUAAAGAAUGAGAGUUGAGAAAAGGCCCUCAGAUUUGGCAAUUGAGAAAUAAUUGAUCAUUUUAGAGCAUUGUUUCAGUUAAGUAAUGAAGUUGGAAGCCAGAGAUUAAAAGGGCUUAAGAAAGGAGUAAAAAGGGGACAGCUGGUUAGCUCAGUGGAUUGAGAACCAGGCCUAGAGAUGGGAGGUCCUAGGUUAAAAUCUGGCCUCAGACACUUCCUAGCUGUGUGACCCUGGGAAAGUCACUUAAGCCCCAUUGCCUAGCUCUUACCUCUCUUCUGCCUUGGAGCCAAUACACAGUAUUGACUCCAAGAUGGAAGGUAAGGGUUUAAAAAAAAAAAGGAGUAAAAAGAAUAAAUGGGCUCUGGAGAAACUAAAGAAGGGAAAAGAAA